AUGUCGUGGGUCAAAUUGUUGGCCUCUGGUAGUGAAGAUGUUUUCGACGAAGAUACAGAUGAUCUUAGCCUACAGAACAAGGAAUGGAACCAUAACAUGGAGAAACGAGUCAAGGAUGGCUACCGAGAUGGAGUUGACGCAGGGAAAGAGGCAUCUCUUCAGGUUGGUUUCAACGAGGGCUACAGGGAGGGAGCAAUCCGAAUGAAGGCCUUUGGGCAACUUAAAGGAAUUGUAAGUGCCCUGCAGUGUUGGUGUCAGCGGCAAGCUCUAGGGAGUUCUGCCUCAGCCUCCAUAUCCAGCCUGAUGCAGGAUGUAGUGCAACAUGAAGAGGCUAUCCUGGAGGCCAUGAAGAGGGCUCAGGAGAGGCCCAUCCCCAGUGUUGGGGAUGUUUCUGAGGGCGUGGAGGACCUAGAGAUGGCAAUGGAUCAGGAACCACCAGAGGCUCAGGCCUGUAGCAAGACAGACUGCUGCAAGAAAGACACACACUGCAGUAAAGAGCAGUCAGCAUGUUCCUCCAUUGCCCUGGUGGGCUUGGAGGAGUUGGUCACAAGGUGUGCGAACCUGGCAACAGAGCUGGAACUGCCUGAGGAAUUUGUAUGUCACAUACAGCAGCUGAAGACAUAUGGACACUGA